GAGACCGCUCGAGUCUCCUUCAGGCAGACGCACGCAGCUGGCAGCUGCUUCAGUGCGCGAGACCCAACCAUCGAACGGGGAGCUCGCGCUUCUCGCUUCACCUCUGAUGGACUUGAGAUAAGAGGAGAUCAGUCAGCGUCUCUCAUUUUUGAUGCCCCGGGUGUUAGUAACACAGCAAGACACAAACUGCUCUGAUGCUCUCAACUGUUCCUGCGCCCAUUUUAAUGUGUUUUAUGUGUUUGCGCUCAACAGUGAGGUAGACUUUUAUCCGGGCACAUUUUAGAGUGUCAGCGUGUGAUUUAUCCCGUGGAUGCGGCUGUCGGAAUCCAUGUAAGCCCUGCAGGAUCAGCCUGUCACAGGGCAUCAUGGUGCAUCAGGUUCUUCACAAGUGGAUGAGGAAUAUUUCUCCAGAGAUGCUGUUGCUGCUCCUGGUGCCGAUACUGUGCUCCUUUCGUCUGUCAGGAGCGGCUCCCUCUCUGACUACCGAGCAGCUGGACAUGGGGGUGGACUGGCUGAGUAAGUUUGGGUACCUCCCACCGCCUGAUCCUGUGACUGGCCAGCUUCAGACCAAGGAGGCCCUGACCAAGGCCAUCAAAGCCAUGCAGAAGUUUGGAGGGCUUAAGGAGACUGGAGUCUUGGACCAAGAAACACUAGGGCUGAUGAAAACACCCAGAUGUUCUCUGCCUGACGUGUCCGAGACAGAGGGGACAGUGGGACGCAGGAAGCGAAGCUUGAACCCUCAGAACAAAUGGAACAAGAGACAUCUAUCCUGGAGAGUCAGGACCUUUCCUAAGGAUUCGGCUUUACUGGGCAGGGACACUGUUCGAGCCCUCAUGUACUACGCCCUGAAGGUCUGGAGCGAUAUUGCGCCCCUUAAUUUUCAUGAAGUAGCUGGCAGUGAUGCAGAUAUUCAAAUCGACUUCACUAAGGCUGACCACAACGAUGGAUACCCCUUUGAUGGGCCGGGUGGCACAGUGGCACAUGCCUUUUUCCCUGGAGAGAGGUUUACUGCUGGGGAUACACACUUUGAUGAUGACGAGGCCUGGACCUUCAGGUCACCAGAAUCUCAUGGGAUGGAUCUGUUUGCAGUCGCAGUCCAUGAGUUCGGUCAUGCCAUCGGCCUGGUGCACACAUCAGCCAUAGAGUCUAUCAUGAGACCAUACUACCAGGGUCCCGUGGGAGACCCGCUGAAAUAUGAUCUACCCUAUGAAGACAAAGUCAGAGUCUGGCAGCUCUAUGGUGUCAGAGACUCAGUUUCCCAUACAAAUCGACCAGGAAACCCCUCCCAGACAGCUGAACCUCCUGUUCUACUGGACCUCCCUGAAAACAGAUCCACACUCCUACUGGCACGGGAUGCUCCAGACAGAUGCACCAGUCACUUUGAUGCCGUGGCCCAAAUACGAGGGGAGGCCUUCUUUUUCAAAGGGAAGUAUUUUUGGCGGCUAACUCGAGAGAAGCACCUAGUAUCUCUCCGUCCUGCUCAGAUUCAUCGUUUCUGGAGGGGCCUUCCUCCUAAUCUGGACAGUGUGGAUGCUGUGUACGAGAGACCAGGGGACCACAAAAUCGUGUUUUUCAAAGGUUUAAAAUACUGGGUUUUUAAAGACAAUAAUGUAGAAGAGGGUUACCCUCGUCCAAUCAGUGACUUUGGCUUGCCACUGGAAGGAGUGGACGCCGUCUUUGUUUGGCUGCACAACGACAAAACCUACUUUUUUAAGGACAACCGCUACUGGCGCUACGAUGACCACUUGCGACGUAUGGACCUGGGCUACCCUAAAGACAGCUCACUAUGGAAGGGGCUGCCUCCACACCUGGAUGAUGCCAUGAGGUGGUCUGAUGGCUCGUCCUAUUUCUUCAAAGGGAAGGAGUACUGGCGAGUGCCAGGCAGUGACAUGGAGGUGGAGGCAGGAUACCCCCGCCUCAUUGCAAAGGACUGGCUGCUGUGCACAGAGAUGCAGUCGGACUCUCCGGACACACAGCCCAAAAGCACAGAGACGAGAGUCAACGUGCAAAAUCACCCAGAUCACGCGGAGAACGGAUACGAGGUGUGCUCCUGCACCUCGGACACCGCAUCGCCUUUAGGCGUCCGCCCAUCCCCGUCUCCCGUCUGGCUGCUGCCGCCACUCUGGACGCUGUCACUGGCCCUCCGCUCUGAACUGCUAUGAUGCUAAAGCAUGGGACACAGUUCUCAAGCUGGGUGCAAGAGUUUAAUUAUUAGUGAAGGGCCAGUGGACACACACUAAAGUACAAACUGGAAAUUUCUGCUCAUAUAAGUAUUGAUUGGUAUGUUUUUACCAUUCUUUUGUUGUUAUUUAUUUCACAUGCCAUUUGAUGGUCAUCUAAAGCGCCUUGCAGUUUGGGAUGUACAUACCAGUAUCAUACUAUCAAACUAAGGUACCCCUGACAGGUAUCAAUGCAUCCACAAUGAUAAUGUUAGUGCCGUACUUGACAAAUUGUAAUAUCUUUUUUGUUUUAGGUUUGUUUUUGUUGUUUUUGAAUGGCUAAAAAGGCUUAACGCUGAGAAGACUAAAUGAGUAGAGAUUGUUUUUUUCAUGUGCACCAAGUUUACAGCAAUAAUGAAUGGCAUUUGUUUGAUGUGAAGUGGUAAAAAAAAAUAGAAACAUUUUAAUAAGUGACACCAUGGAAUCUGGUAAUGACAGACAUUUUUGAGAAAUAUGCUUCCUUGCUGAGAGUUUGAUGAGAACAUUUGCUUUAGAAAGACCAGGAAAAGAGGGGAAUAGCUAGCUGACCUCAAGCUCAUUGAACUAGCAUUGUUUUUGUCAUUUACAAGUCAUUUACUCGCUUCAAGACAUGUUUUUGUUUUUUUUUACCUUCCAGCAUAGCCAUAAAUAUUUAAACACCUAUCUUCUCAUCUAACUAUCAGCAAGAGAGUAAAGAAGCAUAUUUGCCAAAGAAAAAAAUUGUGCCUGGAAAGUAAAACUUCCUACCAGGCUACUAUAUGCCUUUCAAAACCCUGUCCGUCAAAUCUAUUUUUUUAUCUUUCGUUUUAGCCUGACUGCAGUUAACAUGAUGGCGAAGUUUAGGGUUCUGAUUCACCUAUCCCGGAGAAAAAUAGUAUUUUUACGCAACCUGAUAUAAAAACCCCACAGAACGGCUCAAGCCAGGGUAAAGAAUGACAUCCUGGGAUAUAAAUACUGUAGUUAGACAGUUGACUGACACCCCGGCACAUAUCGAGGCAGCCUGGCAAAAAAAAAAAGUGCCCUGUGGAUGUGGUGUAGAUAGUUUGUAGAUGAAUGGCCCCUGUGGGAUCCUGACAGCCAGGCAUAAAUGGCACGCUGGAUGGCAACAGGUAGAUGAGUGGCAUUUGAGGUUGUAAACAGGCAGGCAGGUGAAUACCACCUGCUACAGCUACAUGCAGGAAAGGGCACUCUGGGAUUUGGAAAACAGACAAACGAAUGUUAUUCAUGGCAGAAAGUCUCUCUCACGGUUGCUUAGUGCCAUUAUCCUUGCUUUGAUCCUUUACCUAUACUCCCACACUCUUUGAGUAAAUGAUGUUCAUAUAUCUACACAAAGUCGUUAUUUUCACCAGAAGCAUUCCCUGCCAUUAUCAGAGGCAGCAUUUGCCUCUGCUUUGUUGUAUUUUUUGUAAUUAAUAUGGAUAGAUUGUGAGUCCAUAUUUGCUUUGAUCAGAUUACAGCUCACGGCUUCAAUCCCAAGUUCCUCCUGGUGACAUCAUUGAAAAACCUCACAAAACAGCAACCAGGUUUAUUGUUGCUGGUAUAUUUACCUACAGUUUAAAUAUAGACACAGAUAUAUUUCAAUGGAGAUGUUCCAUGGGUACUUCAAUCCAAGUGGACUGUGUAUAUUUCAAGCUGUGUUUUCUAAUGUAAAAUAUUUUUGUAGAAAAAACAUUAAAGAAUCCGAAUGACUUUA